CUCCGCACCGUGGCACCGGCGUCACUGCGCACACGGAGCCACUUGAAACCCGGAGCGGAGUGACCUUCUCGGCUUCAGUCCGAGUCUCCACCGGUCCCACCGACACUCGCGCUCCAGCCUCAGACAUGAAUAACAACUUAGUGGGAGAUGAAGUCGGGAAACUUUUCGUUGGAGGCUUGGACUGGAGUACAACACAAGAAACCCUCCGAAACUACUUCUCGCAGUAUGGAGAGGUAGUAGACUGCGUCAUCAUGAAGGACAAAACUACAAAUCAGUCCCGAGGCUUCGGCUUUGUCAAAUUCAAAGACCCAAAUUGUGUCCGGAGCGUGCUGGAGACCAAGCCCCACAGUCUAGACGGGAGAAAUAUUGACCCGAAGCCAUGCACUCCCAGAGGAAUGCAGCCGGAAAAGUCUCGCACUAAGGAGGGCUGGGGCAGCAAAGCCGAUAGCAAUAAAUCUAAGAAGAUAUUUGUAGGCGGCAUCCCCCAUAACUGCGGAGAGCCCGAACUCAGGGACUAUUUCAAUCGAUUCGGAGUGGUCACAGAGGUGGUAAUGAUCUAUGAUGCGGAGAAGCAGAGGCCCCGAGGUUUUGGAUUUAUUACUUUCGAGGCCGAACAAUCAGUGGACCAGGCUGUCAACAUGCAUUUUCACGACAUCAUGGGCAAAAAAGUGGAAGUGAAAAAAGCCGAACCUCGUGACAGUAAAGCUCCGGGGCAGCUGGGGCCGGGCCAGUGGGCUCCCAGGGGCAUCCUGACCGCGGCCAACGGGUGGACGGCGCAACCUGCCCAGGGCUGGACGCAGGCGUACGGCCCGCAGGGAGUGUGGGUAUCGACCGGCCAGCCCAUCGGUGGCUACGCUCCGGCGCUGACGGCCGCCCGAGGGACCCCCACGCAGCCCCCUUCGCCUUUCAAUGCCUUCCUGGUGACCACUCCAGCGGCCAGCUUCGCACCUCAGGGCUAUCCUCAGCAGGGCUACAGCACAGCACCACAGUUCGCAGGUUACAGUUUUGCCACAGCUCAGGCCGAGCAGUUCGCCGCACAGGUCCCCCCUCCACCCACCACUCCCGGGACCGCUCCUCUGGGCUUUGCUCCGGCCACCACCCCAACUCAGGACCUCAGCAAGGCUCCGACCGGCCAGCCCGACUUCCCCUACAGCCAGUACGGCCUCGGUAACUACCCGCAGGACCCCUCGGCCUACGGACCCACACGCCCCACUCACACUUAUGGUCAGGAAGAGCAGGGAGGCUAUAGCGCAGGUUAUGGCCAGGAGCUGACAGCGUUCACCCACAGUUUCGCAGACCCCACACAGCCCCCCGCCUCCUACGGGACCCCCACAGCACAGGCCCCCGCUCCCGCCCCUCAGCCCGCCCCCAGCGCCUUCGGACGGGGACAGAACCACAACGUACAGGGCUUCCACCCGUACAGGCGCUGACCCCACGCUCCCCCCGCACCACAGGGACAACUGCAGGAGGCGGGACACGUGUUAGACACGACCGACAGGUGUCACACACCUGUCACACACCUGUCACACACCUGUC